AUGGUCCCUCUCCGUGUAGUCGUGUGCUUCGCCCUGCUCGCGGCCGCAGCCGCAACCAACGUCAACCAAUGUCCAGGCAUGGACAUUCCAAACUUGAGUGAAAACGUUCAGUUGUCACCCUGCACCAAACCUCCCUGCCGGCUCAAAAAAGGAACCAACCAGUCCAUCACCAUUAAGUUCACGCCAGACAAAGACCUCAAUGAAGUCAAGAACGGCGUGUCCGCGGACAUCGGAGGAGGUGUGGUGGUGCCGUUCUUAGGAGUGGAUGGAAACUCCAUCUGUGACAAAGUGUUCACAGAGAAUGGUGACAAAGCCAGCUGCCCUCUGAAAUCAGGGACUACAUAUCUAUAUAAAGACAGCUUCCCUAUCUACGCCAUCUACCCUCCAAUAAAAGUCAAGGUACACUGGGAACUGAAAGAUGAUCAUGGCGACAUCACCUGUUUCGAAGUUCCCGCACGAAUUGUGUAA